AGAAAUGGUGGUUUGAAAUGAGUGUAGUAAAGUAAAGCAAAGCAAAACCCCGAAACCUAAAGACACAAAUCGAAAACCCCUCUUUUUGAAAAACGAAAGACACACUCCUGACUGAGAGCGCGCAACAAUGUCGGGUUUCUCCUUCGGAUCCUCUUCCUCUUCUUCCACACCUUCCUUUUCCUUCACAAACCCAUCCUCUUCCUCCUCCUCUUCUUCCCCAUUCUCAUUCACAUCCUCCCCCUCCCUCUUCACCACCACCACAAACCCUACCUCCGCCGCGGCCUCUUCGCCCUCCCCGUUAAAUUUCUCCUUUGCUCCCUCUUCUUCCUCCUCCGCCGCGUCCGCCACCGCUCCUUCAAUUUUCGCCGCUGCCACUUCCGCCUCUCCCUUGUUCGGCGCUGCUUCCUCCUCCGAAACGACGCCGUUUGGUGCAGCCUCCCCUGCGACGACGCCGUUUGGAGCAGGUUCAUCCUCGCCAUUCGGUGGAACGUCUUCAGUUUCAACGAAUCUGUUUGGAGGUACCUCCUCAGCUUCAGGGACUCUAUUUAGUGGAACGCCCUCGGCUUCGACGAGGCCGUUUGGCGCAAUGUCCUCCGCAUCAGUAACGCUGUUUGGUGGAAACUCAUCUGCUUCAACGACGCCGUUUGGUGCAGCGUCUUCAACUUCAACUUCGACGACGCCGUUUGGUGGGGCGUCCCCUGCGUCGGCGCUGUUCGGAGGGACGUCUUCUUCGUUUGGUGGAACAGCUUCUGCAACGACGCCGUUUGGAGGUAGUAGUACCCCCUCUGCCUCAACGCCAGCUUUUGGGGCAUCUUCUUCUGCCGCAUCGUUGUUCGGAGGAGGAUCAUCCUCAGCUGCAACGACGCCGUUUGCAGCGUUGGCGGCUUCUUCAGGUGCAAGUAGCUCUCCUUUGUUCUCAGGUGCAUUUGCCACAACUGGAGCUUCUUCGUCCUCGGCCUCAACGACGUCGUUUUCAGCGUUUGCAAAGCCAUCUGCUCCAACCACUACAACGACGUCGUCUAGCUCGUCGGGAUUCUCCUUCGGAACCCCUGCUUCCUCUGCUUCUCAACCCUCUUUUGGGUUCCCCAAUGUAGCUUCGGGUUCGGCUUCAGCUUCUUCUUCAGCUGCUUCCGCGGCUUCUACCGCACCGGCGUCCAAGGCACCGGGUUCGUUUUCGUUCACCACGUCUUCGGCGCCGCUGUUCUCAACGGUGACAACCACCACUGCUUCAACCGUGGGCACCGGGAGCACGACCUUGUCGCCGUCUGUGCCUGCCUUUGGUGCUUCCGCGGCUUCUUCUGCUGCUGCUGCUGCUGCGAGUGCCUCCGCGGCUCCUGCUGCAUCUUCUUCCAGUGGAGGAUCAUCUUUUACAGGAUUUGGCGUGGGAAGCACGUCGUCCACUGCUUCUUUUGGGACUGGGUUUGCCUUUGCGAAUAAGUCAUCAACGCCGGCAGUUUCUAGUGUUACUACUUCUGCAUUUGGGGUGAGCACGUCAUCCUCUACUGCUCCAGCAAUUUUGAGUUCCAGUACUGGUGCUACUCAGACAUCAACUGCUGUUGUUGUGGCUUCCACUAGUGGAACUACUUCAAGUGUCAGCACUACAGUUGCUGCUGCACCAAAAUUGCCAUCUGAAAUCACAGGAAAGACUGUGGAGGAGAUUAUCAAGGAGUGGAAUGCUGAGCUGCAAGAGCGAACUGGAAAAUUUAGAAAACAAGCAAAUGCAAUAGCUGAAUGGGAUCGCAGGAUUUUGCACAAUCGAGAUGUUUUAUUGAGGCUUGAGAUUGAAGUGGCAAAAGUUGUUGAGACACAAUCAAAUUUGGAGAGGCAAUUGGAGUUGAUAGAGACUCAUCAACAGGAGGUUGAUAAGGCAUUACAGAGUAUGGAGGAAGAAGCUGAACGAAUUUACAAGGAUGAGCGUGGAUUACUUCUUGAUGAUGAAGCUGCAUCUACAAGAGAUGCGAUGUAUGAGCAAUCUGAAUUGAUUGAAAGGGAACUUGAGCAGAUGACAGAACAAAUCAAAUCAAUUAUCCAAUCCCUUAAUUCAAACCAGGGUGGAGAACUUGAUACUCUUGAUGGAAUGACUCCAUUAGAUGCAGUGGUUCGAAUUUUAAAUAAUCAACUAACUUCUCUGAUGUGGAUUGAUGAAAAGGCUGAAGAAUUUUCUUCCCGCAUUCAGAAGCUAGCUAACCCAGGUUCUGCAUCUGCUUCAGAUCGUGAGAUGACGGGUCCAGGAUUCUGGAUGUUCUGAUAUUUCAAAUUGUACAGUAGUAUAUCAAUCUCUUAAAAAGUGAUGCUGCACCGAGUAGAUUUUCUUUUGUAUGAAAAGGCUAUUUUGUAUUUUUUUUUUUUUACCUAAGAUUCGGGAUGAAGCGUUUCAGAAUGGUUACUGUCGAGUUUUCUAUUGAUUUUCUCAAUAUUGCUUCGGAUAGGGACCCCCUUGAAAAAAUAACUGCAGGGGGUGAAAUUUCAUCUUUCACCGUACGCUUUUCUAUAAUUACAUUUUUAUUAAUAUUUUUUUGAA